CAAAUGACAUCACCUCAGGUCUGAGAAAACCGGAUGACCCAAAAGCAUCUAUCGUGUCCUGGAUUUUCGGAGGUCGAAUCCAACCUUCCCCUGACCAGACACAGCCCUCGGUGCACCACGGAGACAUGCAGAAGUCGCCUCUGGAGAAAGCCAGCUUUAUCUCCAAACUCUUCUUCAGCUGGAUCACACCAAUUUUGAAGAAAGGGUACAGACAUCGCUUGGAGUUGUCAGACAUAUAUCAGGCCCCUUCUACUGAUUCAGCUGACCACGUGUCUGAACAGCUAGAAAGAGAAUGGGACAGGGAACAAGCUUCAAAAAAGAAUCCCAAGCUUAUCAACGCCCUGCGGCGAUGCUUUUUCUGGAAAUUCAUCUUCUAUGGAUUCUUGUUAUACCUAGGGGAAGUCACCAAGGCUGUCCAGCCUCUCUUGCUAGGAAGAAUCAUAGCAUCCUAUGAUCCAGAUAACAAAGUGGAACGCUCCAUCGCCAUUUACCUAGGCAUAGGCUUAUGUCUUCUCUUCAUUGUUAGGACGCUGCUUCUACAUCCUGCUAUUUUUGGCCUCCAUCGCAUUGGAAUGCAGAUGAGAGUAGCUAUGUUUAGCUUAAUAUAUAAGAAGACUUUAAAGCUGUCAAGCCGUGUUCUUGAUAAAAUAAGUAUUGGACAACUUGUUAGUCUUCUUUCCAACAACCUGAACAAAUUUGAUGAAGGACUUGCCUUGGCCCAUUUUGUAUGGAUUGCUCCUUUACAAGUGGCUCUUCUGAUGGGGCUUCUUUGGGACUUGUUACAGGUCUCCGCCUUCUGCGGCCUUGCUUUGUUGGUAGUCCUGGUCUUUCUUCAAGCCGUCUUAGGGAAGAUGAUGAUGAAGUACAGAGAUCAAAGAGCUGCAAAGAUCAAUGAAAGACUUGUGAUCACAUCAGAAAUUAUUGAUAAUAUUUAUUCUGUUAAGGUACAUUGUUGGGAGUCAGCAAUGGAAAAAAUAAUUGAAAACCUGAGACAGGCGGAACUCAAACUGACCCAGAAGGCGGCCUGUUUGCGGUUCUUGACGAGCUACGCCUUCUUCUUUUCAGGGUUCUUUCUAGUCUUUUUAUCUGUGCUCCCUUAUACAGUCUUCCACGGAAUCGUCCUCCGAAAAAUAUUCACAACCAUUUCAUUCUGUAUUGUCCUGCGAAUGUCAGUCACCCGACAGUUCCCCACUGCUGUGCAGACAUGGUACGAUUCUAUUGGAAUGAUAAGAAAAGUACAGGAUUUCCUGGAGAAUGAAGAAUAUAAGGUGCUGGAGUAUAAUUUAAUGACCACAGGUGUGAUGAUGGAGAAUGUAACAGCAUUCUGGGAUGAGGGACUUGGGGAAUUAUUGGAGAGAGUACAGCUAAACAAUGACGACAGAAAACUUUCCAAUAGUGGUGGCUACCUCUGUGUUGGUAAUCUCUGUCUUCUGAAAAAUCCUGUGUUGAGAAGCAUCAGUUUUACCAUAGAGAAAGGAGAGAUGUUGGCUGUUACUGGAUCUACUGGAGCAGGAAAGACAUCACUCCUGAUGAUGAUUCUGGGAGAACUGGAAGCUGCAGAGGGGAAAAUUAAGCACAGUGGAAGAAUUUCAUUCUGCUCUCAAUUUUCUUGGAUUAUGCCGGGUACUGUCAGAGAAAAUAUCGUCUUUGGUGUUUCCUAUGAUGAGUACAGAUAUAACAGCAUCAUCAAAGCUUGCCAACUACAAAAGGACAUUUCCAAGUUUGCAGAAAAAGACAACACAGUUAUUGGAGAAGGUGGAGUAACACUGAGUGGAGGUCAACGUGCAAGGAUUUCUUUAGCAAGAGCAGUAUAUAAAGAUGCUGAUUUGUACCUGUUAGAUUCUCCUUUUGGAUGUCUAGAUGUGUUAACUGAAGAACAAAUAUUUGAAAGCUGUGUCUGUAAAUUGAUGGCCAACAAAACUAGGAUUUUGGUCACUUCUAAAAUGGAACAUUUAAAGAAAGCUGACAAAAUACUGAUUCUGCAUGAGGGUAGCUGCUAUUUCUAUGGGACAUUUUCUGAACUACAGAGUCUACGUCCAGACUUCAGUUCAAGACUCAUGGGGUAUGAUACUUUUGACCAGUUUACUGAGGAUAGAAGAAGUUCAAUUCUAACUGAGACCUUACGCAGGUUCUCAGUCGAUGAUUCCUCUGUCACCUGGAACAAAACCAGACAGUCAUUUAAACAGACUGGAGAGUUUGGAGAAAAAAGGAAGAACUCCAUUCUAAAUUCAAUCAGCUCUAUAAGGAAAUUUUCCAUUAUGCAAAAGACUCCAUUAGCUAUGGAAGAAUCUGAUGAGGUCCAAGAAAGGAGACUGUCCCUUGUUCCGGACUCUGAACAGGGAGAGACUGUUCUGCCUCGCAGCAACGUGAUCACCACUGGCCUCGCAUUUCCAGGCAGAAGAAGACAGUCUGUUUUGGAUCUUAUGACAUGUACACCCAGCCAGGGCUUUAGCAGUCUCCAGAGGACCAAAACCAUUCGGAAAUUUUCCUUAACCCCUCAGAUAAGCUUAAAUGAAGUGGAUAUAUAUUCAAGACGAUUAUCUGAACAGGGUUCAUUGAACAUCACUGAAGAAAUUAAUGAAGAUGAUUUAAAGGAGUGUUUUUUUGAUGACAUUGUGAAGAUACCUCCGGUAACUACAUGGAACACAUACCUCCGGUAUUUUACUCUCCAUAAAAGCUUGCUCAUCAUACUGAUUUGGUGCUUGGUUGUUUUUCUGAUUGAGGUGGCUGCUUCUUUAUUUGUGUUGUGGCUGCUUAAAAACAAACCUCUUGACGGUGGAAAAAAUGCUACUAAUAAUUCCAGUAACACCUAUGUUGUGAUCAUCACCGGUACCAGCUUCUACUAUAUUUUUUACAUUUACGUGGGCGUGGCUGACACUUUGCUUGCCCUGGGCUUCUUCAGAGGUUUGCCACUGGUGCACUUCUUAAUCACAGCAUCGAAACUUUUGCACCAGAAAAUGUUACAUUCCAUUCUUCAUGCACCGCUGUCAACCUUCUACUCAAUGAAAGCAGGUGGGAUUCUAAACAGAUUCUCCAAAGAUAUUGCAAUUUUGGAUGACUUUCUGCCUCUUACCAUAUACGACUUCAUCCAGUUGCUGUUCAUUGUGUUUGGAGCUAUAAUAGUCGUCUCAAUUUUACAACCCUACAUCUUCCUUGCAACCGUACCAGGGCUAGCAGCCUUUAUUUUACUGAGGGCAUACUUCCUUAAUACCUCCCAACAACUCAAACAACUGGAAUCUGAAGGCAGGAGUCCAAUCUUCACCCACCUUCUUACAAGCUUGAAAGGACUCUGGACGCUUCGAGCCUUCGGCCGCCAGCCCUACUUUGAAACUCUCUUCCACAAAGCCCUGAAUCUACACACUGCCAACUGGUUUCUGUAUCUGACAACCUUGCGCUGGUUCCAAAUGAGAGUAGACAUAAUUUUUGUCACCUUCUUCAUUGUUGUUACCUUCACUUCCAUUUUAACAACAGGUGAAGGAGAAGGAACAACUGGUAUUAUUCUAACUUUAGCUAUGAAUAUCAUGAGUACUUUGCAAUGGGCUAUAAACUCCAGCAUUGAUGUGGAUAGUUUGAUGCGAUCUGUGAGCCGAGUCUUUAAGUUCAUUGAUCUUCCAAAAGAAGAAAGUGAGUGUACCAAGAAAAUGAAUGGACUACCUGGUGGGGAAUCAUCUAAUGUUUUAGUUAUUGAGAAUGAACAUGUGAAGAAAGGUGAUACCUGGCCCUCCGCAGGCGAAAUGGUUGUCAAAGACCUCACCGUGAACUAUGGGGAUGAAGGGAAUGCCGUAUUAGAGAACAUUUCUUUUUCAAUAAGUCCUGGACAGAGGGUGGGCCUUUUAGGAAGAACAGGCUCUGGCAAGAGUACUUUGCUGUCAUCACUUCUACGAUUGUUGAACAUUAAAGGUGACAUACUGAUUGAUGGUGUCUCAUGGAAUUCAGUGACCUUACAAGAAUGGAGGAAAGCUUUUGGAGUGAUACCACAGAAAGUAUUUAUCUUUUCUGGGACAUUCAGACAAAACCUGGAUCCCGAUGAAAGAUGGAGAGAUGAAGAAAUAUGGGCAGUUAUAGAUGAGGUGGGACUCAAGUCUGUGAUAGAGCAGUUUCCUGGGCAGCUCAACUUUACCCUUGUGGAUGGGGGUUAUGUGUUAAGCCAUGGCCACAAGCAGUUAAUGUGCUUGGCCCGAUCUAUUCUGAGUAAGGCCAAGAUCAUACUGCUUGAUGAACCCAGUGCCCACAUGGACCCCGUAACAUAUCAAAUAAUUCGAAAAGUUCUAAAACAGGCCUUCGCUGGCUGCACAGUGAUCCUCUGUGAACACAGGAUAGAAGCCACGUUGGAUUGUCAACGAUUUCUGGUCCUAGAAGACAGCAGUGUAUGGCAGUACAACUCCGUUCAGGCCCUUCUGAGUGAGAAGAGUGUCUUCCAGCAGGCCAUUAGCUGCUCAGAGAAGAUGAAGCUCUUCCAGAGCCGCCAGUCCAGCAAACUGAAGCCUCGGCCACAAAUUACUGCUCUGAAAGAGGAGACAGAAGAAGAAGUGCAAGAAACCCGUCUCUAGUGGCUGUGAUGCUGGGAAAGCAGCUCGGUGCACCUGGGUACAUUCCCAGUAAGCCAUGCAAAAUUCAAAAGCCAGGCAUUUCUCCUGCUCCUAACCUGAGAGCUGGGGACAGAGGGACAGGUGGAUCCCUGGGGCUCUGUGGCAAGUGAUGCUAGCCCACAAAGAGAGUUUCAGGCCAGGCACCUAAGGGACAAUAACUGAGGAUAUCCUCUUGCCUCCAUAUGUAAGUACACACACAUGAACACACACAAUUCAUGGAAAAAGAAAAAGAAAAAGCCAAACUUUAGAAAGCAAUGCAAAUGACUGCAAAAUGAUCACAUAUGAUGUCUGCUCAUGGACUUGGAGGAGGAGAACCCUACUGCCUGUGCCUCUGAAAACUGGACAAAGCCCCCACCUUGUCUUUUAAGAGGCUGACUUGGAAGAGAUAUCAAGAGCAUGUAUUUGGGUCUGAGUAAUCAGCUGUCUGGCAGUGGUCAAACUGUUUGAAAGGCACUUCAGAUAUUUGAUGAUGGACCACUUGUGUUUUGCAAGCCAGAAAAAAUCUGUCCCCCCACCCCCACCCCGAGUAGUAGCUGGAAAGGCAGCUAUAAAUGCCAUCUAGGAUAGUAGUUCGGCUUAUUAUUCAGUGCAGCUGAUUAAUUUGCAUUGUUGAAAAACUGAAAUGAUAGUGCUUAGAGGUAGGAUGAAGUAAUGCAAACUAGAAACUGGCUUACAUAGCUCAUAUCCCUUCUUUCUCUUCUCUAAGAUAUUUAGACACACAGCUGCAUUGCCUUUUACACACUGCCUAUCCCAUUCUGACCACAUGUUAGAAUAUGAAAACACUGGGUGGUGUUGAAAGAUGCCUCACUUGACAUCUGGUUAAAUCAGGAAUAAGACCUUCCAGAUCUUGAAAAUUAAGGUGAAGAUCAUCCAGCCCUACUCCCAUACAUCUGAACAUUCUCAUUACUGGAAUGCAUUCCUGACGUAGGAAAAGAACAGUGCCAUGAAGGGGCCAGGAUAGCUUCCAUGAUAUGCUGGAAAGCAACAGACCUUGAAGACUUCUGAAGUGAAGGAAACUUGUCUUAGUGCAAACGAGUGCAGCACAGUGCCAGGGCCAGGAGUUCCCCUUUAGACAGGCCAUGCACUGUGUGAGUAGAUGCUCAUGGAAAAGUGCAGCAGGAUGUAUGUUCACAUGCUCUCAGCUAGCUGUGUGUGCUUCAAACCUCCUCCACAGGGAGUGUGGGGGAGACACUCUGAAAAAGAUUUAAUCAUGAAUUAGUUUUAUAUGCUCUGUUUUAUAAUUUGUGAUGUAAAUGAAAUUUUCUCUAGAAAAUAUUUUAGUAAUAAUGUUUCAGGCUCAUAUAUAACAAUACUAUAUUUAAAGAGUGAUUAAAUAAUGACUUAUAUUUGUAUAAAAUAAUUUUUUAUAUUUGAAAUGUUGAAUUUUUGUAGCACUAGUUAUUUUUAAAUGGAGGAGUGAAGGACAAGAAUGAUAAGGACCAGUCAGUCACCUUCAUGGUGUGAAACAUUGGGACUGAUAUUAAUCUCGUACUUAUCUAUGUGGCUCUCAGACAACACAAGUUCCCUUUUAAUGCAGCUUUGAUGAAGACGGUACCAAAAGUUAACAUGGUCUAGUCAAGGGCACCUCAGUUUCUGAACUGCAAACUAAGCCUUAGGAGAAUGUAUUGUAUUUAUUACUGUAAUAGAAUAUCAUGUGUCAAUAAAAUUCUUUAUUUGUGUGAAA